AUGGUAGACGAAGGCAGCAUACCACAUGAUUCGAUGGAUUCCGACGAUUCCGAACAACGUAAGCUAUCGUACAAGAAGUACCAACAGGGGUGUAGAGAACGGCAGAAGAGGAAUGCUGCACAGGAUCCGAAGUAUCGAGAAGCCCUCACUAUGCAACGGAAGUCAUACCAGCUGAGGUACAAGGAAGAAAAAAAAGAGAACGCCGAAUACGACCGCAAAUUCCGAGCCAACGUCACAUCGCUUCUAAAGAGAAUUGUUCAGAAAGGCCAAAAAGAUCGCGAUUGGGCGAAUUGGCGGACGCUAUCCGAUGAGACGAUCCAUGACGAGCCAGAAUGUCAAUACACAUACGCCGAUGAGGUUUCGGAACAGCUCGCUGUCCACGACGGCUUUGGUUGUGUAGAGGACGCCAUGGCUGCAGCCGCCGACUGGAUGAUCGAGUACUUCGAUUCGCCGCUACCAGGAUGCCUUCCUGGGAUCUCCGUCAAACUCUACCCCAAGAGUCGCCCAAAAGGCUCGCAGUGCCUUGAACUCGAUCUUCCUUGGUUUGCCGAGAUAAUGGGCAGGCAUCCACUAAAUGUCGACGAUGCCACCAAGCACGCAGAGCGAUUAACUAAUGUCGCGUUGGGAAAGGAUGACUCCGCUCGCAAAGUACUUCGAGAAGAAGCCGUGGAACUGAUCGAGGCAGCUCCCAACAUGCUGUACUGCAAAGCUACCUUCCUCUAUGUUAGUCUUUUCUGCAAUCCACCAAAGCUCAAGGACAUAGCCACCACCUUAGGCGGCGAUAUCUUAACCAGGCCACUCUAUAGCCGGAAGAGCACGGCAUUGCGUGAGCUCAUCAGAGAGUUCGGCGGAGACUAUGACAGCGAUCUCGCGAUGCUAAACAACAUGAUACGGCUAUUUGCGGGGCAAGUAUUGCCGGAAAGGUCGACAGCAGGAAGUAGGGGGAAACAGGGGAGCACUUCCGAAGAUCCUUCAAUCCCAAGGACUGGCUUAAGGGUCACUAGGCAAGGAUCGUCGAACACACAAAACGCGGCCUUUUCGCACGCAAACUCGGCAGACGAUCUAGACGACGCCACCGAUGAAGAAGACUGGGCUGCUAUCGGCCCUAAAGCUCUAAUGCAAGGCGUCGAUGCUGGCUCUUCGACAAAGCGUUGAUCCGGUUGAAGGUGGCAACAAGCAGGUUGAUCUGGUGCACUGGUGUCGGCUCAAUGAGCUAAUUCAAGGGUCCUUUCAAAGAGAGUAGUAGAAUCUAAAACACAAUUCC